AUGGUGUUUGCUCUUCUGGAGUUCCACGGUGGCUGGCCGACUGUUGCUCUUUCUGGGUCUCUUACCAGCCUGGCUGGCGGCGUAGUUCCAGCUGGCGGUGGAGUUCCGGCUGGCAGCGGAGUUCAUGAAAUGAAAACAGAAAAUGGUGAAUGGGGCGGAGGGCACUGCAGUAAUAAGCCACCGCCGUCGUGCAGCGCAGCCGCGCCAGGUCUUGCUCUGCGGCCCGGGACUCCCCCUCUGCCCACUGCCCACAUCCUCUGCCGACGGGACAGUCCUGAGGACAUGAAUUCCUCUGAGAAACCUUGGACAGCAAAUUUUGUCACGGAUAGAUUUGGCUUUUUACACAAAAAACACCUGGAAAUUGAAAGAACUACUAAGUGGCUGAAAAUGCUGAAAGGAUGGGAAAAAUACAAGAACACUGAAAAGUUUCAUAGGAGAAUAUACAAAGGAAUUCCCCUCCAGCUCAGAGGUGAAGUCUGGGCUUUACUUCUUGAGAUCCCUAAAAUGAAAGAAGAAACAAGAGGCCUUUAUAGAAGAUAUUUUCUAUUGAGGAAAAAGAGAGGAGGACCUCAGUACCGCCAAGAACGAAUUGCUAGGUGCGGAGUGCAUCCUUCUAAGUUUUUGUCUCUGAAGAAGCUCCUCGGCACCUGGGAAGGCAAUGCCACAUGGAGAUCUUCAAGGGAUGCUGGAUCUAAAGAUAUUGAACUUUUCACCAAGUUUCCUUCAGAACUGAUGUAG